CAGGCUGGUAGCGCUAAGCACUGCACUGACGGCGGUGGGCUUGGGACCGAAAUCGCUGGUGGCCUGCGCGUCUUCCGGUCCCUUGCCGGGCGCUGGGCCUGCUCUUCUGUCACCCUCGCCGUGCGGCGGCCCCCGGCAGCACCAUGGCUUGGAUGUGCAUGAGAGAUUCUGCCUGGAAAUACUUACAAUCUGCCCAUCUUGGAGGAGAUAGGAACUAUUCCCAUUAUACCUCUCGUGAUUUUUAUUCCCAGUUUGGGUUAGAAGACUUUCUAUGUACAGAUGACAUUCCUGGGACAGAUGAAGAUACAGAUUCAGCUGUUUUAUUUGGAACCUUGCGAGGAAAUGUGGUUGGAUUACGUUAUUACACAGGGGUUGUUAACAAUAAUGAAAUGGUUGCACUUCAGAGAGAGCCCAGUAACCUCUAUGAUAAAAAUGCAGUAAAAGUAAACAAUGUGAAUGGAAACCAGGUAGGCCACAUCAAAAAAGAACUUGCAGCGCCCUUGGCGUACAUCAUGGACAACAAGCUAGCAAUAGUUGAAGGGGUUGUCCCUUAUGGAGCAAAGAAUGCCUUUACUAUGCCUGUACAAAUGAGUUUUUGGGGAAAAGAAGAAAAUAAGCAAGCUGUUCUAGAUGAAUUGAAAAUGCAUGGAUUUAAAUUGGCUCCUCCUUCAAAAAGUUCAGAAUUUGGUUUUGGAUCAAGCUGGGUUUCUGGGAGAGCUGGACCAAGCUACAGUGCUCCAGGACAUGCUGCUGUGCAGAUGACAACAGAACAGCUUAAAAGUGAGUUUGACAAAUUGUUUGAAGAUCUGAAAGAAGAUGAUAAAACUCAUGAAAUGGAAGGAGCAGAGGCUGUUGGAACAUCAUUACUUCCACACCAAAAGCAGGCUUUAGCUUGGAUGGUUUCACGUGAGAACAGUAAGGAGUUGCCACUGUUUUGGGAAGAGAAAAAUAACUUCUACUAUAAUACACUUACAAACUUCGCUGAAAAAGAACGACCAGAAAAUGUUCUUGGAGGAAUACUGGCUGAUGAUAUGGGAUUGGGUAAAACACUUGUAACAAUUGCAUUGAUUCUUACCAACUUUCAUGAUGGCAAACCUCUUCCUGUUGAAAAGAUUAAAAGCGAUCAGUUGCAUAAGGAAUCUGUUGUCACUGGUGUGAAAAAUGAAGGACAUGAACUUUUGAAAGGGACCAGCUGUAAUGUGGAGCCCAACAUUUCUAAUGUAAAGAAGAAGAGUGAAACUGUUCAGUCACAACAUUCUAGUUUCCGACCAAAAAGAGCUAAAGCUGAGAAACCCAAAUAUACAGUAAGCAGUGACUCAGAAGAAUCUGAAGAGUGGCUACCACAACAAACAAGAACCAAAUGUGAAAAAGAUCUCCCAGCAACCAGAAAGAGAAGUAAAAGUAUGUUUCUUUGGAGUAUAAGUAUGUUUUCAUACCAGAAAUUUAAGCAGAAAUUGUACACUAGAAGAUACUUCAGACCAACUUCUUAUCAAGAAAAUCUAUAUUACAAAUGUUUCAGUAAAACUCCUGCAGACCUGUGUUUAAUGCUCAGCUUCUUGCAUUAUCCAAGAAGACACAGGCUUUGCAUCUGCUCUUGCAUCUCCAUCCGCUCCAUUAAAAAAGAAAGCAAAGAAAAAAGUGUACAGUCUGUUAAGAAAAAUGAUUCUGAAGAGGGUCCCAGAACAACACUGAUCAUAUGUCCGCUCUCUGUCCUAAGCAACUGGAUUGACCAGUUUGAACAACAUAUCAGGCCAGAUGUUCACUUGAAUAUAUAUGUUUAUUAUGGUCCUGACCGCAGCAAAGACCCAUCAUUUCUUUCAAAACAAGACAUAGUACUAACAACCUACAACAUUUUAGCCAGCGAUUAUGGAAGCAGAGGCGAUAGCCUGUUACACAGAUUAAAGUGGCUGAGAGUGGUGUUGGAUGAGGGGCACACAAUUCGAAACCCAAAUGCUCAGCAAACUAAAGCUGCAUUAAAUUUGGAGGCACAGAGAAGAUGGAUACUGACAGGCACUCCUAUCCAGAAUUCCUUAAAGGAUUUGUGGUCUCUUCUCUCCUUUUUAAAACUGAAACCUUUUACUGAUAGAGAGUGGUGGCACAGAACAAUCCAGCGCCCUGUCAUGCUGGGAGAGCAAGGGGGACUGAGGCGUUUACAGUCCCUAAUUAAAAACAUCACCCUUAGGAGAACGAAAACAAGCAAAAUUAAAGGAAAGCCUGUUUUGGAGUUACCAGAACGUAAGGUAUUUAUUCAGCAUGUUACGCUUACAGAGGAAGAGAGAAAAAUCUAUCAGUCUGUGAAGAACGAAGGCAAAGCUGCUAUUAGCAGGUAUUUUAAUGAAGGAACUGUUCUAGCACAUUAUGCAGAUGUCCUUGGUGUCUUGCUCAGAUUGAGGCAGCUGUGUUGCCAUCCUCAUCUUUGCACAAAUACAUCGUCUUCCAGUUGUCAAAUAGGUGAUAGUACUCCUGAAGAAUUACGUGAGAAGUUAGUAAAUAAAAUGAAGUUGGUUCUCAGCUCUGGCUCAGAUGAAGAAUGUGCAAUUUGCUUGGAUUCUCUGAACCUUCCUGUGAUAACACACUGCGCACAUGUGUUUUGUAAACCAUGCAUUUGUGAAGUCAUCCAAAGUGAACAGCCAAAUGCCAAAUGUCCUCUUUGUAGGAACGAACUUCGAGUAGAACAUUUGGUAGAAUGUCCUCCGGAGGAGUCGGAUUCUAGCAUUGAGAAGAAGGGCGAUCGGGAAUGGAUAUCCAGUUCAAAAAUCAAUGCUCUAAUGCAUGCUUUGAUAGACCUAAGGAAGCAGAAUCCAGCUGUAAAGUGUCUGAUUGUUUCUCAGUUCACCACUUUCCUGUCUCUAAUAGAAACUCCACUGAAAGAAUCAGGGUUUGUGUUUACUCGUUUGAAUGGGUCCAUGGCACAGAAGAAGAGGGUACAAGCAAUUCAGAGCUUCCAAGACAGGCAAACAGGGUCUCCGACCAUAAUGCUGCUAUCCUUAAAAGCUGGUGGAGUUGGUUUAAAUCUGACAGCUGCUUCACGAGUGUUUUUAAUGGAUCCUGCUUGGAAUCCUGCUGCAGAAGACCAGUGUUUUGACAGAUGUCACAGACUUGGCCAGAAGCAAGAUGUUAUCAUCACUAAGUUCAUUGUGAAGGACUCAGUGGAAGAAAAUAUGCUGGAAAUCCAGAACAAGAAGAGGGAACUUGCAGCAGGAGCCUUUGCAGCUAAAAAGCUUACUGUUAGUGAAGUAAAACAAACCAAGAUCAAUGAAAUUAAGACUCUGAUUGAUUUAUAAUUUUGUAAGAGGGUAGGUCAAUCAUUCUUUCUGAAUAAAGGAUAUAGUACUACAGUUGAUGUGGCAUUAGUUUUUAUGUGCACACACUCCAUGUGUGUUUUUAUAAUUAUGCUGUUAAGGUACUUUGGCAGAUAGAAUGUAGACCUGUGAAAUCAGCUGACAAGGAUAAAAAUUGGUUUGACUAUUUAAAUGUUAAUUAAAAAAAUUCUUUAAAUAUUUUUGUACUCAUUAAACUUAUAAAAAGUCAUAUUUCAAACAUUACAGCAUUUCUGUAUACAAGUAGUUUAUUUGGGACGAGGACCAAAAAAAAUUCAAAACAGAAUUAUAUAACUUAUUUUACUGUGCAUUCUUAUUUGUAAAUUUCUGACCUAUUUCUAGAAUGAAAAUGCAAAUUGUAUUUUUCUGGCACUGAAAAUAUGACCAUCUGCCCCCCCCCCGCUCUCUCCCAAAUAGAAACAUUAAAAAAUGUAAAUAAAAUGCAGACUAGAACAUAACUGUUUUUAACCAUUCAGGUCUUGUUCAUUGUGUUUCAGGACUGAGAGUUUAUAGUAAUUGCAAAACUAAAAAUGUGUAACU